CACUCACUCACUCACUCACUCACUCACUGACACACACACUCACACACACCCCACAAACUCAAAUGCUCGUUCAUUUGCAUCGUAGCCCGGAGGCGCGCACACGCUGUUCAGGUUCAUAAGCGCAGUACGAGGAGGCGUCACCAGUCAUUCAAAUUCAGCGAAUGAGUAUUGCUCACGCCAACGAGAAGAGAGUAUGAGUGUUUAGUUCCGAACAUUCAUAGUAGCCUAAAUUGUGCCACUUUCUUUGCUAGUUUUAGUCCAUUAACAGUAUUAUUGGAAUUUAGCUUCAAUCUUGUGCAGGCAAUGUUGAACGAAGCUUCGGGUCAGAAGUACUUUGAUGUUUUAAACGGUACUAUUGGAAUUUAUAAUGUAAUAUCGUCAGUGAUGCUGGCUGCUGAGAGAAAUUGAGGGUUUUGGUUGAUCCUAUUAAUGUUAUUCCAAUAGAUAGAAUAAUUUAGAAACACCUGUUCAUUUGCAUCCGGUCAGUUAUGAAGACGGGUACUCUUAGAAGCGCCAGGACAUCAUUUGCAUGAAACUGCAGCAAGAUCAAGACGGUGAGUCCAACUCUACCCGAUUCAAAGAGAAACUGGGAAACAAGCCUGGGGAAAAGGACUGAGGACCACGACACCUGUGCCCAGUCUACCCCCAAGCCUAACACCCCCCCCCCCCCCCCCCCCCCCCCCAAAAAAAAAGAAACCUUAAAUCCACCAUGUCUCUCAACACCUUCCACCUGAUGGAGACCCUCAAGAACUCCCCGUCUGUGUUACGCCGGCGCUUCCGCCGUGACCGCACCGAGUCCCUCUCCCACGGUGACCCGCUCUUCAAGGUCCACUACCUGGGCACUGAGAAAAUCUUCUCCCUGGAUCUACAGCAGGCCCAGGAUGCCAUAGCCCGGCUGCUCGACGGGGCCUCCAACGGAAAGAAACUGAGCAAAGACCACGCGUUGGUGGUUCGUCCACGCUAUGUGGAAGUCAAAGAGCUCAGCACAGGACGCCAGCUCACUAAGACGUACCUCCAGGACAUAGCCUACUGCGCGGCCGACGCCACCAGACCCAACGUGUUUCUGUACAUCUGUAAGCAUCACGGGCAACAGCUGCACUGCCGGGUGUUUUGGUGUAGCCGGGCAGAGCGGGCACGGGACAUGACGGCCUGCCUGGCACACUCCUUCCAGAGGGCACUGAGUGACUGGCAGGGGGACGGGGAUGUUGGGUUAGGGGGAAGUACCGGCACUCUGACCCCAGAAAAGGACAGGGUAAAGGAGGGAGAGGAUAUGCCCAGCACCACUACGAACCCCAAAAGCUCCAUACAACCAGACAGCUGUGGAAGAGUCCGUUGGAAGAAGAGGAGCUCCCUGUCUCGUAGUCCACUGAGAGCCAUGACCAGGAAGGGCUCCGCCUCUGACAUCUGGCACUGAGACCCCGAUCCCCAGCAUGGGACACGGAACUGACGACAUCCCCAGUGACUAGCUACAGCACGGAGGGAGGGAUUGAAGGAACCCACCACUACUGGACACAACAGGAUUGAAAGAAGAAAAGAAAAAAAGGAGUGAGGGAGAUCACUGCUGGACUUUCUUUCAAAUGAGACAUUGCCUUGCUUACAUGGUGAGUCUACAGUAUGACCGGUCAUGAACGGUAGCCUACAGACUGUGGAAGUUAAUGACUAGCUACCUUGGAUUUUGCCUCUGGAUUACUAGAGAACAAGGUGUUUAAUGUCCGCUGUUGGCAGCAACCAGUAUUCACCUCAGUGGCCUUGACUCACUUUCACUGUUGGAACACUUCAAGGCUGAACUGCUCAGUUCCAAUGCUACUCCAAGUUACUUGUUUUCCACCGGGUGGCCUUGAUACUAUGAACUGUCAGUUAUGCUUAGAAGACAGGAGCUCAAGGUUCUGUGUGCCUUUUUUAGCUAGACAAGGAUAUGACUACGGAGUUCACCAAACUUCAAUUUCCUCUCUAUACAAUGCUGAACACAGCCUGGACUGGUUGAAACUGGUCAGAAAGUCAUAGCAAUGACGGUUGAUUUUUAAACAUUUGUAUGUAUUUAUUUUAACGAGUCGUCUUGUUUGUAACACACGGCUCUUCCACCUCUUCUCUUCCUGAAACACUAGAUUGUUUUUUUUUUUUUUUUAAAGAGAGGAGGAGCUUAAGUUUGAGCCGAACGUGAGCACAGUGUUCGUCUUGGUAGAGGGGUUAAAAACGAAGGUGUGUGUGAGAGGAUUCACAGGGCAUAAAGGGUUAAUUUGAGCAGACCAUAGAAGAACAUGGGCUAUGUUGUCAUAGCUAAUGUGCGUUCAUAGGCAGGGUUUUAAUACAUUUUAGUAUCAAUUCAUUCGUUUCAGACUUCACUACAUACAUCAUUUAGUCCAGUUGUUCCCAAACUUUUUCGGUCACUGUAGCACCAACUGAAUUGUUCUCUGCCUGGAGUACCCCCUCAUGUGCAUUUUAUGAGUGGUCUCAUGAGUCUUAUCAAGUAUCCCCUGUGGCUAGACCAAGUACCCCCAGGGGUCCUAGUACUCUUGUUGGGAACCACUAGUCUUGUCAAUGCACACUGACUGUUCGCAUGAUUUUUUUUUUUGUCGUAACAUAUUACUAUUCAUCAAGUGAAAUGUAAUCCUUAAUUAACUUCCAUAUGCUUAAUUUAUUCCUAUAAGGUGUUAGUGUUUGCUAGAGGUGUGUUUUUUUUUGGGGGGGGGGGGGGGG